AUGUCCGCUCGUACUGUUAUCCCAGCUCACUUAUCCUACCUCGCGAUAUACAAUCCAUCUCUUGGACCAACCGAUGAGACCUUGCGUGACCAGAUUGUCUUCUACUAUUCGCACGAUGUCGAGGCGGAGCGUGAGAAGCAGGCAAAAGGGAAGGGUGCAGCGGAAGGAAAACACCAUCCAAACUCAGAGCAGGAUAACUCGCCCAAUGGAAACCAGAAGGAGGAGCAGGAGGCAGAGGAGAAUCUCAGAUUGCGGCAGGUCGGGCUAGCACAAGGUAUGGUGAACUUUGCAAAGAAUUUCUCGAACGGCGUCCCUCUCGAGUCCCUGGAGACAGAAAGGUCUCGCAUUGUCCUGAAAGAAGUCGAACCUCAGUGGUGGAUUGUUGCCGCUGUCCACCUAACCCAAUUGCCUGCCAUCUCACGAUUGCCCUCGGGAAACAAACCAUCUUCAAAACCAGGAACCACCAUCGGCUCAGGUGGCACCGCUUCCAAAGGAGACGUUGAAUACUCGUCGCGGGAAGUUGCACCGGCACCUCUGCUGCUCACACAGCUUAUACAAGGCUACCGUGGGUUUUUACUUCACCACGCAGCCUCCUUGUCUGAGCUGUGGAAAAAGCACGAGCACAAUCGAGACCUGUUCUGCAGCCUUUUACAUAGGUACUGGACGCGUUUCAUCUGGAACUGGGAUGUCCUCUUGCACGGCCAUCCUGCGACAGACAUCUAUGACGCCGUUAAACUCGCCGGUGGAGGAGAGCUCGGUGUUGGCGUUGGCGAAGAAGAGUGGGGAAGUGGUGAGAGAGAAGUGCUGGAGGAGUUUGCGCGCCGGACUGAGGGACUCGUCGAUCUUAUCGUUGGGAGGUAUGGUGAUGCUCCCCCGACCCGCAUACCCGGAGAUGUGAACGCAGAGCCUGCUUCGCAAGAACCGCAGCCUUGGUUGGGCAAUGGUGAGGAUUCGAGGGCCGAUGAUGGAGUUAUAUUUUCUGGGGUCGAUGGUAUCUCACGGCCUUCUCUAAUCACAUUGUCCCAGUGGAUGGAAUCCAUCUACAUGCAUGGCGAUGCAGCUUACGGUGUGGGUGAGAACCCAGCAUCCCGACUUAAGCAUCGCAGCAAAAGACGGAAGUUAGACAAAGGCAGACCUCGAGAGCCACACUCAGACCGAACGAAGCAGCAAGCGCAAGCGUUCCAUCCCAGAGUGAAGUCCCCCGGAGGCAGACCGCCGGACCUACGCCGUAAGGCGAUUGAGAACAACGCCACACCACCAGGUAUCCCGCCACCUCUUGUUAGCGCCGUAGAGCGAUCAUUAGACGACGCACUGGCCAAGUUAGAUGCGAAGUCUACCAACUUGAACGACGACCGCAGCCAUGAAGGAGAUGAGGACCCGAACCCUGCGGCCUCUGAACAGGCAUCCAUGUUCAACACGGAGAAGAUGAUGAAGUAUCUCAGUCUUGGUUAUGGCACUAGCUGGACGCUGAAUCCCAAGGGGUUCGGUGCCGACAAGACGCCCCAAGAUCUAGACGACAAAGACCUUGGUCAGGACACAGGUACAGGUCAGAGUACAAAAUCAGUGGCUGAACAAUUGCAGGAACUUGAUCCCACUCCAGAAGUGAGCGACGAGGAAGAAACACCAUUCGUUCAGCGGCUUGAAGAGUCCAUUGGCAAGUUCCUGAUAGGUCUAUCUGGCGACCUGGAGAAUGCAGAAUUUGAAGGCGAAUCCAACGAUGAAAGAUCUGAAGCCAACUCCAGCAAGUCGAGGUCACCAUUACACACUUUGUCAAACCGGAUAUUCCUCCGCACCUUGGUCGUUGAGAUGUCCAGUUCCAGAUUCUCCCAACAGGAUACGGAUUUACGUCCUUCAUGGUCACAGUCGACUAAGAACGAUGUGGAUGCAGAGUUAGGAGAAGGCAAGACAAGUGCGUCGGCAUCUGUCGAUGGCGUUCGUCCCAUCGUCACACACGAAAAGGUUCAGGUUGCGGUCUAUGUUCACCAGCCAUUCAUCUUCGUCUUCUUAUUCCGGUUGCACACACCCAACCUGACCAUGCCUGGGUUUUACCGCGCGAUACACCACACUUUAGGCCCAUUGCAAAAGAGUCUUCUGAGAUGCACCGAUCCGCAGCGUUGGAGGGAACGAAUGAGAGCGACCUUGGGCCUGGACGCAAGUGCAAUUCCGGAGAAUGAGGAUAGUCCAGAAUCACCUGACACAACCGAUGCCACUGAAAUAUAUGACCUUCUGUAUGAUCCCCUGAAAUCAACGCUUCGAACUUCAAUUCCCAACAUCCCGCUUCCAGGCAGUCUUGCGGCUGAGGGCCUGCAUCGGGCCCCGCAGAACCUCCGCCCAAUCACUGUUUCGGGUUCAUGGUACACCCUUGGGAUACCCAUGGGAUCAUCAACAGCGAGCGGUGCGAGCGGUUCUAGUACGACAAGGAUCAUCAAGAGUGACUGGACCCGCAUCGAGGCUCUGAACGUUCACACUCAUAUACUCAACGCCUGGGUUUCAACUCGCGACAAGGACGCUGGUAUUUUCCAUGCUGGGCCAAACAGCGAGGAAUUGGAAAGGACGAUCAAAACAGCAAGAGGCUGGUGGAUAGUGUGGAUGAAAGUCUUGCCUUCGGGGCGAAGGGGAGAUGGUGGUGAUAACAUUGUAACAGGAUUGACAAGUCAAGACAAAGUAACCCCUCUUCCCGCGGCCGAGGGAGUGGCUCUGGAGAGAACUGAGGAGCUUUCCAAAGAAGCCAUUCUCGUCAGAAGAUCCUCUCAUGAACGCAAUUCGACAAGCACAGACACGUCCCGGUCUAGAUCCGAGUCUGGAACUUCUCGCCUUUCUGGGAAAUGGCUCCUCCGUGAUCAACCCCGGACACGAGAAGUCAGCGGUAGUGGACGUGGAAUUUCUGGCGUUGUUGGAAUCCCUGGAAGUACGACUGCGAGGGGCGUCACCGAGGGUGUGGGAGUGGACGCUAGAAAGUGGGUUGAAGCGUUGAUUCGACUGAGUUUUUGA